UUUAUUUAAUCUCCAAACGCUCAAUCUCUAAAUUCUCAAUAAGAGUGAAAGAAAAAAAAAUACCAUCUGAUUACUGAUACAGUUAAAAAAUUAAAGUUACAAUAUUCUAAGUCUGAUACUUUAACCAAGGAGAAUUUAAACACUACGUUCAACAUAAACUACAUACCAGUAAAUAUCUUAUACGAGGCCAAUGAACGUAACGAGGUUUUUUUUGGAAUCAAGUUAAAUGAAAAAUGCUUAUAAUAUUCUUCUUUUGUUGUAUUUUGGUUUGAGCUGAUGACCUUGUUACCAAUGCUCUAAAUAUAUAAAACAAAUUAAAUAAACGUCAGUCGUCGUGCAUAUUGUUUCGUAGAGAAAUAGUAACAUUACCUUACCAUUCAGGUCCCUACUACAUAAGCUUUCUAAAGAGUAAAGAUUUAUACCUAUUACUUGCUAAAUGGAACCUGAAAUCGAUUAUUUUGGACAAAAUCCUGGAGCUACCAAGUUUGGAAAUUUUAUAAAUUAUUACUCAUUUCAUUCUGCUAAUGAAAGAAUUAAAAAUCUUAGUGAAUCAAUGUUUCCCACAAUAACAAGUAAUGAAAAACCAGUAUUGGUGUUAGACAUUGGUUGCAAUACGGGAGAAUUAACUAUUGAAUUGAAAUCAUAUUUAAAUAUUUUGUACCCUAAUUCUAGUAUACAUGUUCUAGCAAUUGAUAUAGAUCCUAUAUUGAUAGAAAGGGCGAACUGUUCUAAUAUUCACAAUAACAUUAAGUUUGUCCAAUGCAACAUUAUGACAAAAGAGGGUUGUGAAACAAUUAUAGAAUAUUUAGACAACUUCAAAGCCAAUAUGUUUGAUAUUACUUUUUGCUUCUCUGUGACUAUGUGGAUUCAUCUCAAUAGUGGGGAUGAAAGGUUCAUUGAUUUUUUAAAAUUCUUAAAAACAAUUUCAAGAUCUAUUGUUAUUGAGCCUCAGCCAUGGAAGUGUUAUAGAAAUGCUCAAAGAAGAGUUAAAAGGGCUGGUGGUGAUUUUGAGUUAUUUAAUACAUUGCACAUAAGGCAAAAUGUGGGCUCUGUGAUAGAAGAAGUCCUAGGCUCUGAAACACAUGAAAAAGUAUAUGAAUCAUCUAUGUCCACAUGGAGUAGAACAAUUCAAAGUUAUAUUCAAUUGGUUAAUGAAAGAGAUAAAUUAUAAUUUUUUAUUUAUGACUACAUUUAAUUACAAUCAGUAAAAUAAUCUUAGGUAUAAGUAAAACAUACAAUGAAAUAAAAAAAAUUGAUACAA